UCUCCCCCUCUCUCCCUCUUUCCCCUCUCUCCCUCCCUCCCUCCCUCCCUCCUUCCUCCGGAGCCUCUGCCCUCCACCUUGAGGGCAAGGGCCCGAAGCAUGGAGUGGUGUUACCUGUUGGAAGUGACCUCCUUGCUGGCCGCCUUGGCGCUGCUGCAGCUCUCCAGCGGCGCUGCGGCUGCCUCAGCCAAGGAGCUGGCGUGCCAAGAGAUCACCGUGCCGCUGUGCAAGGGUAUCGGCUACAACUAUACCUACAUGCCCAACCAGUUCAACCACGACACGCAGGACGAGGCGGGCCUGGAGGUGCACCAGUUCUGGCCCCUGGUGGAAAUCCAGUGUUCGCCAGACCUCAAGUUCUUCCUGUGCAGCAUGUACACGCCCAUCUGCCUAGAGGACUACAAGAAGCCCCUGCCUCCCUGCCGCUCCGUGUGCGAGCGCGCCAAGGCCGGAUGCGCACCCCUCAUGCGCCAGUACGGCUUUGCCUGGCCGGACCGCAUGCGCUGCGACCGGCUGCCGGAACAGGGAAACCCAGACAUGCUGUGCAUGGACUACAACCGCACGGACCUCAGCGGCGAGUACCAGGAGCUGGGCGCUGUGGAGCAGCAUGUGCGCUAUGAGACAACAGGCCCGGCGCUGUGCACCGUGGUCUUCCUGCUCGUCUACUUCUUCGGCAUGGCCAGCUCUAUCUGGUGGGUGAUUCUGUCGCUCACGUGGUUUCUGGCGGCGGGCAUGAAAUGGGGCAACGAGGCCAUCGCUGGCUACUCGCAGUACUUCCACCUGGCCGCGUGGCUCGUGCCCAGCGUUAAGUCCAUCGCCGUGCUGGCGCUCAGCUCCGUGGACGGCGACCCAGUGGCGGGCAUCUGCUACGUGGGCAACCAGAGCCUCGACAACCUGCGCGGCUUCGUGCUGGCGCCGCUCGUCAUCUAUCUUUUCAUUGGCACCAUGUUCUUGCUGGCCGGCUUCGUGUCCCUCUUCCGCAUCCGCUCAGUCAUAAAACAGCAGGGCGGCCCCACCAAGACUCACAAGCUGGAGAAGCUCAUGAUCCGCCUGGGACUCUUCACCGUCCUCUACACGGUGCCCGCCGCCGUCGUGGUCGCCUGCCUCUUCUACGAGCAGCACAACCGCCCGCGCUGGGAGGCCACGCACAACUGCCCUUGCCUGCGCGACCUGCAGCCCGACCAGGCGCGCCGACCCGACUACGCUGUCUUCAUGCUCAAGUACUUCAUGUGCCUGGUCGUCGGCAUCACCUCGGGGGUGUGGGUCUGGUCAGGCAAGACGCUCGAGUCGUGGCGGGCCUUGUGCACCCGCUGCUGCUGGGCCAGCAAGGCUGGCUCGCUCUACAGUGACGUCAGCACAGGCCUGACUUGGCGAUCUGGCACCGCCAGCUCCGUGUCUUACCCCAAGCAGAUGCCAUUGUCCCAAGUCUGAGCGGAGGGUAGGCCUUCCCCCCCCGCCCGAAAGAAGGGGGAGCUUGGAGACCUAGUGCUGGGAAGGAACACUCGAAGGGCUGAGGUUCCCACCCCUUCUUCGUUUUGACUGCUAUUAGCAUGAUAAUGAACUUAAUGGUAUCCAUUAGCUGAGACUUAAAUGACUGGCUUAGAACAAAGUACCUGGCCUUGAGGGCCCCCAGACCCAGCCCCCCUUUCCUCCAUUGACGUGCGAGGCAUUAACUUCUGUUGGCACCGGAGGGUGGACCCUAGAGUUCCCAGAACCCUAGGCUUGGAGCCCUCGCUAGUUGCCAUUCGCUGAGCUUGAAGCCAGAUCUACAGAUUUCACCUGAGGGACCUACCUUAAGCAUCCUAGAGGGGGAGAUGAUCGCGAACAAACUGGAUUGGGCGGUUUGAGUAUUCUUAAUGACCAGGCAAAUGCCUUAAGUAAAUAAACAUGAAAUGUCUUAAUUAUACACCCCAAGUAAAUACGGGUUUCUUACAUUAGAGGAUGUAUUUAUAUAAUUAUUUGUUAAGUUGUAAAAACUGUAAAAUGUGUACAUAUCCAGAGAUAUACAAUCUGUACAUUUUUUGUAAAAAGUUUAGAGGCCAUUCCUGUAAGAACAAAUAUAAGAAUUCUAUUUUGACAAUAAAAUGACUUGAUAAAUGAUUUUAACAUUGCCCUCUCCCCCUACCUCUUCUAUCUAAGCUGUUACCUUUAAAGUGCUUGCUAAGGACAUGCUGGGAAAAUGGACAUUUUCUGGUUUCUCUGUACACUGAUCUUAGGUAUGGAGAAAAUGACCUGUUAACUCUAGUUCUUAAGUUGUUAGCAAAGUAAAUAUCACUGUUGAACUGAAAUCAAAACUGAGUUUUUGCACCUUCCAAAGAGAUGGUGUUUUUAAUGGUAGCUCUAAGUGGACUAUUGCAAGGAAGUAAUUCCACUCAGGUCUUGUUAUUUAUCUUGUAUAAUAUCACUAAAAGAUUAAAAACCCCACA